AAAGUCCGCCAUAUUUUUGUUUGGACGGCGUUUGAGGUUAUUUGACGUUAAAAUCGACGCCUAUCUUGUUUCUAAGUUAAAUAGGUUCAAAAACAGAUUUUAAACAUGAAACUGGUGCGUUUUUUGAUGAAGCUCAGCCACGAGACUGUCACAAUAGAGUUGAAAAAUGGCAGCGUCGUCCACGGAACCAUAACCGGCGUCGAUGUCGCAAUGAACACACAUUUGAAAGCCGUAAAAGUAACGCUGAAAAACAAAGAGGAACUUCAAUUGGAGACUCUAAGCAUACGCGGGAACAACAUAAGAUAUUACCUGCUCCCGGACAGCUUACCCCUAGAGACGCUACUAAUAGAUGAUGCACCAAAAGGAAAAGGGAAGCGUGAAGGUGGAUUCCCUCGCGGAGGCUCCAGAGGCGGUCGGGGUAGAGGCCGGGGAGGCCGUGGAGGCCCGCGCGGAGGCCGCGGAGGCCGAGGCCGUGGUCGUCGAUAAGUUCCAGUGUUUAGUUCUUAAGUUUUCUCUUGUGAUCAUACUUUUAAAUAAAUGAAGGUUGGAGUCUUGAGUGAAUGCAAGUCUUAAUCUAAGUAACUCUGUAAGGUAAACCUAAGAUUUGUAAUACACUUGUAACAGUA